AUGUCCCGCCACGCUUUACAAAACCGCUUCGGUGCGCUGAUGGGCGAUGGGUCCUCUUCGGGUUCACAUUCAGAUCCUGAAUCUCCGCCAUCUCCGAAACGCAACAGCGGACGGAAGAAGAAAGGCAAGGAAGAAGAAAGCUCCAAGAGCGCCUUGCCCAGCGAACAAGCUUCCAAAACGAAGGCGCGCGGGCGUUGGAAUGGCAAAAAAGAACCUGCCCCUUCCCCUACACCUGCGGCAAAAGUUGCACCUGAUUCCUCCACGACAGCAAAAUCAGGUAGUGGCACGGCAUCAGCUCCUCCUGCGUCGGCAGGUGUGACACCGGGCAACGUAGGUGCUUCAUCCUCUACUUCUCGCUCGACUGACAGAAGCAAAGCGCAAUCGGAUACGAACACUCUCCAAGUUCGUCUUCUUCAGUGGAACAUUCUUGCGCCCACCCUCGCGGAGGGACAGGCAGAGGAGACGCAGUUUCCCGAUCUUUCCGUUCCAACAGAUCCCUGGUCUGGGGGCGUGCACUACUUCGAGGACCCGGCGCCCGCGCAGGAAGCGGCCGCCAGCAAGAAGAGUUUACACGUGUUUCGCGCGACAGCGCAAGAUCUGGACUGGCAAACGUCCCGACGACAAAAAAUCCUCGACACGAUUCAAUUUCAAUUCCAACAUGCGGACCUGGAUUUUGCCUGUCUCCAGGAGAUCGAGGAAGACUUUUACACGGAACUUGCCCGACCAACGCCAUCAACCGAGGGUCAACAAACCACACAUCAGGCCGAGCAGAUUCUCGACGGCAUUUUUUACAAAAAGCGCGGGCGCUUCGCCCAAGACGGGUCUGCACUGCUGUGGAAUCGCAAGAAGUGGAAGCUGUUGCGCCCCUACCGCCAGAAAUUGCAGGACAAACAAAUCAUGGUCGCCGUGAUGGGCCGCUUUGUACGCUUACCCGAGGGCGCGACGACGAAGCCAGCGGCAUCCCUGUCGCCGGCCGAUCACGUGGUCGUGUGUACGACGCAUUUCAAAGCGGGCUUUUCCGACAGCAUGGAGGACCUGCGGUUGGAGCAGGCGCAGAGUCUGUGGCAACACCUGCAGGACUUUUGCGCCUUGUCCGCAACGACGGAGGAGAAGGAGACCCACGUUUUACCCCCUAUCGUAAUUUGCGCGGACUUGAAUUCGCACUGUAGGACCUACUCGAACACGUGCUGGAUGAAGAGCGCGACGGGGAAGAAGGAGCUGAAAGUUCUCGACGGGCCGGUGCUGCCAAGAACGGUGCCUUUUUUCGAAAGUGUAGGCUUCGAGAACGCAAACAUAUGCCGGAAGAGCGGGAGAUGGAGAAGCGUCGAGAAAAAGAAGAGCGGAGGUUCUACAAGUGGUACCGAAGUGGACACCUACCCGGAGUACACGACGUGGGCCGGAUGGCAGGAUCGCGAUGUCAAGGCGGUGCUCGACUACAUUCUUCUGCGGAAACCGGGGGUUGCUGUACCUAUCGCGACAGACGAUAAAAACGGAACGACACGAGACGGUUUGUUGGCGUUGCAGAAGUCUGUGGAACAAAAGAAUGGCACAAGUAGUGCUGCAACACCGCAGAAUUCGGCGGAAAUAGACGCGACUGGCAAAGCGGAGUUAGAAUUUGUAGGUUUCGAAUCUGAAAGCGCUUUUCACACCCACGUUGCUUCCCAACCCAAGAAACUCCCCAACUCGGAGUAUCCCUCUGACCACAUUGCGCUUAUAGCGAAUAUCAGGAUACAGCGACACUGAAAGAAGUACGCAACAAAUAAAGCAAUCGACUACGCCAAGACUCUGCUUUAUAAUUACUUUUUGAACGGAUGCUAGGUAGCUGUUGUUCAGAGUUUCAC